UCAUCAGCAAGAGAACGUCAAAAAACAAAAUAUCAUUAUAGCCGAGUUUUCUGGACAAAUUCAUUUAGGACACGUGUACUUGCUGUAUUUAGUGUUGAUUGAAUCACGAUUGCUUCAUUAUUUAGAACAUACAGAAAUCGGUGACUUCAUAGAGUCAGUGUUGUUUUGAACUUAGUUGAAAAGCGGCAAAAUGUCGGAAUUCAAGGACUGGUACAACAGUGUACCGUUUUUCACUCGUUACUGGUUAACGUUUACAAUAGCUUUAAGUAUUAUUGGAAGAUUUGGAAUUAUAAGUUAUAGAACCUUGAUUCUUGAUUUCUAUCCAUUCAUAAGCCAGUUUCAGAUAUGGCGACCUAUCACAGCUCUAUUCUAUUACCCAAUAGGUCCUUCCACUGGCUUCCAUUUCCUAAUAAAUUGUUACUUCCUCUACAAUUAUUCACAAAGACUCGAAACGGGCAUGUUUGCUGGCAAACCAGCAGACUACUUCUACAUGCUGCUGUUUAAUUGGUUGAACUGUGUUAUCAUUGGAAUAUUGGUUAAUUUGCCGAUCCUAAUGGACCCUAUGGUGCUGUCAGUGCUAUAUGUAUGGUGUCAGCUCAACAAGGAUGUGAUUGUGUCAUUCUGGUUCGGCACUCGCUUUAAAGCUAUGUAUCUGCCAUGGGUACUUCUUGUGUUCAACCUCGUUAUUAGUGGAGGUGGUGUUAUGGAAUUGCUGGGUAUCCUUAUUGGACAUCUUUCGUUCUUCCUGUUGUUCAAAUAUCCUCAAGAAUUUGGCGGUCCAGCUCUUCUCACUCCACCGGCUUUCUUAAAGCAAAUCUUCCCCGACACGAGGUACGUUGGCGGUUUUGGUACUGCACCUCAGGCAAGGGUGCCCACGAGACCGGGCGGUACCGUCUUUGGUGGACAUAACUGGGGCCGUGGUCAAGCUCUAGGAGGCAACUGAGGAGACGUGAACAAACCAAAUAAACUUUUAUCACAAGUGAAUGCAUCGAAUUUUAUUAAUUUAAAUUUAUAGCGUAUGUUCUGUAUACGUCUGUGGAACAAACUUGACAGGAAUAGUUAAAAAUGAUGAAAUGAUAAACUUACAAAGAAAUAUAUUUAAAAGUAUUAAAUAUACAAAUGGUUAACAUUAACGUUGGAUCCGCUUUAGAUCCGAUUUUUGAUAGCUAACAAUUGUACCUAACUAAAAAAUGUUAAAUUAAAAUCAUUAUCAAAACAAAAAAGGCAUUUAUUUACGUUUUAAAAAACGAUUAUAUAAAUUUAACCUGAAUUGUUGUAUUGUGUGUAUGACAUGUGUGUAUUAGAGUACUAUAAAUAAUUCCUUUGAUUCACAACGCCGCAAAAAAAAAAAGUAGUCUAAAAAGUAACAAUGACCAGCAAAGAAUAAAAUAAUUAUUCUUGAUAGAUAAUAUGAUUUCUAGUUUUAAGUUUUAUAAAACUUUUUAAAAGCAAUUUCUUCCUUAUCUUAUUUUGUAUGUGUGAGAAAUUAAUUAAAAUGAUAUUAAGUAGCUGGUAUUCCAGUUUCUCUUAUUUUUUUUUUGCCAUUUUGCUAAAAUAAAAUAUCGUCGUUUUAUAUUAUUUUUUAUUUAUCCAAACCAUUGUGUGGGUAGCGUUAUCGUUUAAAACUUCAAUUAUACAAAAAAAAAAAAGAUUUUAAUGUCUCUUCUUUAUCAGAAAGAGAAAUAAGUGUUUAAGUCCAGGCAUAUUUUACUGGCAUUAGCGAACCCAAUUCAAAUAAUAAUAUAUAUCAUAUAUAAAAAUAUAUCAGUUUAUUACCGAUGAUAUAUAUUAUUAAUUAGGUUAAUGUCUCAUUUCUACAAUUCGGAAAAAAAUCUAAUUAAAGUUUUAUGUAUUUGUGCAGUAAUAUUAUUCAAAUGUAUAUUUCUUCAUAUACAUCUUAAUAGAUGUAAUAAAUCUUAACGAUAUUAAUAUAUCAACGUAUUUAUUACAAUAAGGUGAUGUAGAAAAUUACAACUUUUGUUUGAUCAAUUCACCGCCAAGAGUGUAAUGAAAAUUAAUUUGGUUUUUAUUCCAUUUCUCAUGCGAAAUAAAAAUGUAAAUACAUUUGAAAUUGUUUAAAUACAUGAGAUCCUUGGUAGUUUUAAUAUUUGCGUGUAUUUAAUAUGUUGAUAAUAUAUAUUUAUUGUUGAAAUAUACAAUAACAGAUGUAUUAAAGGUAGAAAUAAAGGUAAUUUUCCUUAAAAAAGUAUAUGAUAGA